AUGGCCGACGAUGGCCCCGUCCACGAUCGCGUGGCAGAUCUGCUGGGCCAGGCAAAUGGACAUGCAGACGCUGGCAACGAUGCCUCGCGAGCAACAUCGCCUGGCGCGCCUGGUUAUCGCAGUGCGGAUACCACCGGUGAUGGCGACGCCGAGCUCGAGCGCCUAGGACGCAGCAGACCGAGGACCUUCCCGUACACCAAAUACCUACCCUACGACACCGAGACACGCGAUAAGAGAGAGCAAGAUCUGGAUGAGAUGAUCAAGCAUCUGUAUGUGUCAGUCGCCUCGGGAGACUUCUCGCCCGGCGCCGUGCAUUGGACAAAGGAGAUACGCGGAUGGAUGGGCCUCAAGUUCGACUUGACCAAGCAGCAGCGCAUCGCCUUGGUGAAGCUCUACUACGAGCUCUCUCUGGCGCCUGGCCUCGAGUAUGCGGUGAGCGAGAGAUUUUCCAGCAUGUUCAUGGUCCUCACCAAGCGCAAGCACUAUCUGCGCCCUGGCAAGGACCUCACACUGGACUGGCGGCCGCUGUUCAAAGAGCUGAAAGUCUUCAUCCUGCCUUCGGAAACCAGCACGCAGAACACAUACAGCAGCAAGAGGAACUACCGAACUUUGACCAAGACAUGCACGUUCGCGCAGCUGUUCUUCGAUCCCCGGGACAUCCCUGCGAUAUUGGAAGAGUUCCUGCCAUACUACAGCAUGUCUUUCUCGGAGCAUGCCUUCGUUGUGCUUGGUCUGUUCAACUUGAUGCUGCCAACCGCAGCACCUCCGCCAGACGAACCAAACCUCCAGCCGCAGUACUAUCUGCCUACUCUGUUCCAUCUUUGGUCUACUGUGAACAGAUCAAUGAUGGCAGACAUGAAACUCUUGGACAUUUUCUCCAGACAGGCACGGGAUUGUCUCGGCGCUGAACAAGUUCCAUUCGGUCCAAACGGUAUCUUCACCGAAGAGCAGUCGUCACUCAUCUUCACAGCCGUGCUGCGCUUACUCGAGAUUCCCGUCGGCCAAGCGACAACACCUUACAGUCCUUCGGUUGAUGUUGGCGCAGGUGCUGCUGUCUUCCUGGAUAGAGAUCCUCGGAAGCAUCCGGUCGCACACAGCAUCGCGAGGUGGAUUGUCAUGUCCAUGUCACCCCAAUGUCUGGACGCGAGCAAUGAACAGUCUGUGCUGCAUCGUCUUGAGGGACUGAUUCAGGGCAUCGAGACCUUCUUUCACCCUUCGAAUUCAGGAGGCUGGACUAAGACUCUGUCUCAACUAGUGUAUUACCUGGCAGACUUCUUCGUCAUGCGCUGGAACCGUGAGCAGAGCGGUGAGUACGACAUUCCCGAGGACCGAAAGCUCAACGACACCGUGAAGCAUCGAUUUGUGCUCUGCCUCCGCGAAGUCACAUUCAUGGGAAUCUACGCCAAGAGUGGAACAGCUAUGAACUUCAGCCUGAGCACGCUACAGAGCUUGGCUGCACUCGAACCGAAUCUCAUUCUACCGGGUGCGUUACAGCGCAUCUACCCAGCCAUGCAAGGCCUUGUUGAGGUGCACCGAACGAUAUCGUCGAUCCGUGCGUUACAGAUGCUGAGCAGAAUCAUCGCAAGAACGAAGGGUUUCAGGUGUCAUCUCACCACUUUGCUUGGUCUGGCACUGCCGGGCAUCGAUGCCAACGAUCUUGACAAAACUAUGCAUUCUUUGGCUUUCGUCCAGUCAGUGUGCUACAACAUCCCGCUUCAUGACUUGACGGUGCAACCACGACGAGAGAAGAGCGAGCUCAACGGCGACUACGAAAUGGUCGACGCGUCUUCGCCGCCCUCGGGCAGUACUGGUACUGGCAUCGCAGUCGAGUGGGUCACCGCACAAGUCAACCGCUUCGAGCAAGGGGGACCCGGGAUUGAGAUCGACUAUGCAAACGAACUAUCUGAUGAAGACGAAGAGAUGAUCCUCAAGUCUUCUACAGCAGGCUUCCAGGAGUUUCUCAUAAGCUUCAUCGGUAAAGUGUUUACACUACUGCAGAAUCUGCCAGAUGCAGCUCGCGUCAAGAGCGGCAGUCCAGAGGAGAACGUCGUCAACACCCUGCCUGCUACCUUCAGCCCACUGCUCGCGAGUCUGAGUCCACAGCUUUAUGAUGUUGCACUCGAGCACAUUGCGCGAUUCGUCUCGAACCAUGUCGUGCAUCAAGCGAGGGAUGCGAUGGCCUUCAUCUGCAACGCUUUGGUCAAGAUCUCGCCGAAGAAGGCACUUCACAGACUGUUGCCGGACCUGAUUUCAUCCAUUCGAACUGAGAUCAGCGAGAACGGUGCAGGCUCCACACGAACGACGGGUAGCGAGAUCCUGCCAAGAGAUCGAGCUCUCGUGUGGCAUGUGUCGUUGCUCAGCAUGUGCGUGGUGCAUGUUGGUCGAGAUGUCCUCGACUUCAAGGAUGAUCUAUUCAACAUUGCGGUGUUCAUGCAAGAUACCUGCAAGGGUAUCCCACUCGUACACGUCUCCAACUUCGUGCACCAUCUGCUGCUCAACCUUACAGUGACCUACACCAUGGACUUUGAUCUUUUCAACCAAGAAGACAUCGACAAGGGUCUCACAAGCCAGAGCUGGGGCUAUAACGUGGACCCAACCAGUCUGGACAUCAAAUGGCACGUUCCAGAGCAGAGCGAACUCGACUUUGCCGUCAAGAUCUUCGAAGCUCAAGGUGGUCGCGCGCUGGACGCUCUGGAGAAGCUCACUGCCGACACUGCGUCCACGAAGCGCGAUGGUGUUGGCAAAGACUGGUCCGAUGAGGUCUCCCGAAACCUGGUCUUGCUUCGUUUGACCAUUUCCGGCAUGUCACGCCUGUUCCGAUCCGACGAUGGCUCUGUCACUCCCUUCACCUUUGCCGAUCUGACGCCAAAUUCAUCGGACGAUAACAUCGCCAUGACUGCCAGCGAGAUCGACUCGGACGCAAACGACAGUGCCGUUGAUCUUGAUGGUCCUGACGACGAGAAGAUUCGACGUACUUUCCAGUAUCCCACAGGGUAUCCACUGGAGGUGGGCAGUGCAUCUUACGAGUCUGUCCAUCGCAUGCGUGUCCGCGCUGGUGAGACACUGCACAGAGUCCACGAGUUCUUGAUCAAGAACCAGCCGGAUGAUGUCCCAUGCUUCAACUCAUUAUACAGCGCUUACAAGUCCUGGUUCGUGGAUAUCGGCAUAGAGCGCUCUGCCCACGUGCUCGACAGACUCACCAGGUUACUGGCUGCAGACAUCCAUCCCUUCAAGACUUCCGGCACGAGAAAGGAGUAUCCCAGGCCAUUACUGGUACGCCGAGCGAACCUCUACCACUUCCAACGACUGCGGUUCAACGAGCAUCCACGGGCUGCUUCAGACCUGGACAAGACACUUCUUCUUGACUUGGCGCACUCCAGCACAUCGGUGUACACCGACAUCCGUCGUACUGCGCAAUCAGCCGGCGAGCAGGCUGUAAAGAGCAUCACAGGAGCCAAAGCUCUUAUCGUGCCUCCUCUCCUGGAUGCACUCGAAGACGCCUUGAAGAAGGGUGAUCAUCCGAGAAUUAAGGGUGCGGUCUUCUCCUUACUCUUCGGAAGCCUGGCAAAGCUGAUCGGGCGAAAUUGGAAGUUCGCUCCACGAAUGAUCAGAUUGUUCAUCAAAGUCUCGGAAGCAGAUCGUCCAAGCAUCCAGAAGUUGGUUGGGCACUCCAGUCUCACAAUACAGGACAUGACCAAAGCCCUGGACAGAAUGGUGAUCCUCGACGAGGACACUUUGGCUGCAAUAUGGCCAAAGGACGCCUCGCCACCCGGCAGAACCAUUGCUUCGACCGUUGAAAACACACGAGGCCUCGUCGAGUCGAAGCGGACCAAGCUGAAGAAGCGACGAGUCGUUGUGGAGAAGAGCAAGUCUGAGUUGGCUGCCGAGUUGAUCGUAUCGGUCAAGAACAGCCACUGGAAGAAAGCCAGUCGCACCGCUGUCAUGGCCAUUGGACUCGACUACCGCUUCGAGACCAUUGCUUCGGAAGGUAUGCUCGAGCUCAUCCUGAAGGGUGUUGUUGACCCGCAUCCGAACCUCCGCAUUCUGUACGCCACAUCACUUAACGCCAUCUUCAGUCUGACGCAGACUCGCGCACUCGUUGGGCACAAAUACGAAAACUAUCUCCUCGAUGCGCAGAAGGAUCCAGACGAGGUGUCCAUCCCGACUGAACGCGACGACCCGACUUGGACUCAACGCUACCUCGAAUCUUUUGCCAAACCAGAAGCUGAUGCGUACAUCGAUAGCGACUACCCUGGUUGGCUCGUGUGGCAGAAGACAAUGCGAGGCUUCCGCGUUGGGCCUAGUCAGCUUGAGUACGAUGAGCUUGAGACGAAAGUACGUAGCAAGAUGGGCUCGUACAUCGACCGUACCUGGGUGUCGACACUCUUUGGCUACAUGAAGCAAGAGCCACGUGACGGCCAGGACCGCUUUCGCAUGUCCAGCUCCAUGAUCGUCGCAUACGCCAUGGACCUCUUGUCUGAUGGUCACACGAAGGUGGACUUUGAAGACCUCAAGGACUUGACACUAGCAGUCUAUGGCGACGGAUCUGACAAGCAUCAACAUCGUGCUCUGUCUGAGAUUAUGGGCGCCAUGCUCAGCAGCUCAGAAGACUUUGAGCCUGUGCUGAGAACCGAGAUCUGGGAGUUUGCCUUCCCGAUCGUGCGUCGUAUCUUCAGCGAUGGCUUGACACCCGAGAACAGCUCAUACUGGCAGACCUUCGUGACCCUUAUUGUGGGCGGCAAGGAUCCGCGUCGCGCUUGGCCGCUUGUCGAUUGGCUCGCUAGCUUCCGACUGGAUAUGGACAGCAGCGCGGCCUUCAAGGAGAGCUCGAAGGUGCAGCUACUGCAGCUCGUGAUUGGCGCGACUGGAUGGCACUUCCAGCUACAUCAACCUAUCGCCGAUGACUUCUUGGAGCAUCUUGACCAUCCAUACAAGAGUGUGAGGGAGAUCGUAGGCAGUACGCUGUCCACCAUCUUCCGUUCGAGAUACCACGAGUCGUACAAAGACGUACCCUCUCUGCUGGAAGCGCAGAAGGCUGCUUCAUCUGUCGGCACCAGGCCAUAUCAGCCUACCGAGGAGUUCUCUGGCAUUGUGAAGAACACCUUCGAGCGUCUUGCUCAGUGGAGAAGGGAACGCCCGAUCGGUACACAACAGCCGACUCCCUACACACAAGCGAGCAAGACCGUGCUGCUCUGGCUAGAUGGAUCGCUGGCACAGCAUGACUGCACCUCCCUUGUUCCAUUCUUCCCUGAGAUCAUGGAGGAGCUGUUACACAUGAUGGACAUCAAGGAAGACCCAGAACUACAAUCCCUCGCGUACCACGUCUUCCGUCACCAGCCAAACAUUGCUCACCGGCCAGGUGAAGACGAAGCUUUCGUUGCUUCUCUCGUGAAGAUUGGCAGAGAGUCGACGUCAUGGCACCAACGUCUGAGAGUGCUCAUCAACAUCCAAGUCAUCUACUUCCGCCAACUCUUCCUCAUGCCCCGCAAGCAAGCAGAAGACCUCUUCCUCUGCGUCCGAGAAAUGCUGCACGACACGCAACUCGAAGUGCGACUCGGUGCACAGGCCACUCUCGGCGGCAUGGUCCGAUGCUCACCGAUCGAUUUCCGUGAGAAGAAGGUCGCAGAUUUGAAGAAGCACUUUGCCAAUCUGCUGCUCAAGAAUCCUCUCCCGAAGAGACCCAGAGGCGGCGCUCUCAACAAGGAAGGAACGAGCACACCUACACCCGAGCAGAACAAGCUCGUCCUGACACGACAUGCUGCUGUGCUGGGUCUCGGCGCACUCGUACAGGCGUUCCCGUACACCUCGCCGCCGCCGCAGUGGUUGCCAGAGGUGCUUGCCACGCUUGCUGGCAAGGCCGCUAGUGAUCCAGGUAUGGUGGGGAAGAGUGUGAAGACGGUGCUCAGUGAUUUCAAGAAGACGAGGCAGGAUACUUGGCAUGUUGAUGUGAAGGUCUUCGAACCCGAACAGCUGGAAGAUCUGGAGGGUGUGCUGUGGAAGAGCUACUUCGCUUAG